AUGUCGGCAUGUCAGCAAGAGAGUGUAAAUCAAGCUGGUCAAGCUUGGUGUACUGCACUUGAGGAGCUUCGAAGUGAAAUAAAGGAGCUUCGAGCUGAACAUGUGGAAACCAAAGGGCAGCUUCUGGUGUAUCUUCAGAAGCUGCUCUACCAGGUGGAAACACGCGCUCAGACUGAUUCCAAAGCAGAGCCAGACUCAGAGUUGCCGAGGGGAGACCUGCCGGAUGAUCAUGAAAUCCAUCAAGACCGUGACCUCCAGGACGAUAGUCGCGAUAGUGACCCCGAGACCUCACAAGAGUCAGACCUCCCCGGCAUCGUAAGUGCCACAAAGAUCUCAAGGCGGCGUUCCGUUGAGGGAAGCCCGGCCAUUCCCGACCUCUGUGACUUGGAGAGGAUGAUUCUCCGGUCCCCAAAGAAGAAAGGCUCCUCAGAAUCCUUGGGGAUUGUACCACAGAUUCCUCAACCAAAGGAUGAGCCUCCAGAGCUUCCUGCCAUGCGACGCCACCCUUCAAAUGGCUCUUUGAUGAGGAGGAGGGGUUCAGCUUUUCAGCACCUGGCACGAGAUUCUCAGGCUCAAAUUCUGACUCGUACAGCUCGUACAGAAUCAGUCUGCAGGAUUUUUGUGGACAACAUUGGAGUAAGUCUGUGGCUGAAUUGGAGCAACUCGACCACCUUCCUCAUCGUCAUGAUGAGUCUUUGCUACUUGGUGCCCACAGUGAUUUUGUACGCCUUCUGUGUGCAGCCACCUGGAGAACAAUGGACAGCUUUCUCGCUGAUGCUGUUCAGCACCGUGGCCCUUCUCUUGCUGCACCUGGUGAAGCGCUCACUACGUUCGCCUGAUCUUAAUAUGGCGCUGCAACAACUGGAUGGGUUCGUGCAAGAUUGCGGCCGUGGACUGGACUGGGCCAGUGUUGCAAAGAAACAUUGGUGCUAUUUCGCCUUUCUGUGGCUGCUGGUUUUGCUGGCCUUCACUAUCCAGCAGUUUCUAGAGGAGAUUGCAGGAAAUAGGGAAGGUUGGUACGCACCGGCACCGGACGGCUCGAGGUGGCUCCGUAUUUUCCAAGCUUUCGCAAGCUGCAUCCUAUUUGCAAUCUCCAGUGCGGUGGUCAUGAAUGGAGCAUACAUACAGUUCAAUCUGCUUCUGGGCCUGGGAAAGACAUUGGAUUGCUGGUGCGCAGACAUCACAGAGACUCAAGACUUCAUCAGUGGGAUCCAGAGCUGGAACUCUCUUCAAGCAUUGCUGAAGUGUGUUGGAAGAGAAAUCACGCCAUGUUUCACGGCAUUGUUUCUCCUCGGUUACGUUGGCUUCUUUGCUGCCCUCGCAGGCUCGUUCGCUCUGCUGCUAGAUGAUGGUCUGGACGUUUGGAAGACUUCCAUCUAUGAGUGGAGUCUACUUCCUCUUCUUUACCUCUUCUACUUGUCCACGUGCCUCUGUGCGAAAGGCGCAUCUCUCAGUGAACGGUGCAGGCAAAUCCCAGCCUUUGUCAAUCAGCUCAACAUGUUUGGUGAAGGAGCUGAUACUGACCGACAGUACCUCGUACGGUACAUUUCUGACAGUGCUGCAGGCUUCAUUGUGAAUGGUGUGACCUUGUCACAAGACGGUUAUGAGCUCCAGUGGCAACAGGCCUCCGUGCCUGAAUGGCUUCUGCAAGUAGGCUCAGAACAGUGCUCAAGUGUGCUGCAUCCCUCUGAUGCGAGCGCAGGCAUGUGCUGCAACGCUGAGUUGGGGGAAGACAGCAACUCACUUGUGGGCGGCUUGGCGGAUCAGCGGCGGAUGAGGCCCGGAGCUGUAGAGAGGUCUCCCAGCCAUGGCCUCAACGGCCUCAACGGCCUCAACGGCCUCAGCGUGGCCAGCGUGUUGAGGGAGGCCGGCCCAACCCUUCAGGACAAGAAAAAAAAGAAAGAGAAGAAGGAAAAGAAGGAUGAACAGAAAGAAAAGAAAGAGACGAAGGCAACUUGUGGGACCUGGAAAGUGUUGGGCUUGCAAAAAGGCAUCCAGAAAGUCCUGCUGCUUCAGCCAGGAAAAGAAAUCAAAGAAGUGAAGGAUGGA